AUGGCAGGUAUUACCGUCCACAUGUUGACAGGUGAUCAUAUCAAAACAGCCACGGCUAUCGCCUCUGAAGUUGGGAUCCUCGAUCGGGUCUCUGCGAUUGCAAAAUCGAGACAUUUAGUCAUGGCUGCAGAUGAGUUUGAUAAGUUGACGGAUGAGGAAGUUGACCAGAUUGAAGAAUUGCCUUUGGUCAUUGCACGUUGCAGUCCAGCGACUAAGGUCCGCAUGGUCGAAGCAAUGCAUCGCCGUCAGGCUUUCUGCGUGAUGACAGGAGAUGGAGUCAACGACUCACCUGCCCUGAAGAGAGCAGAUGUCGGCAUUGCCAUGGGAAAAAACGGGAGUGACGUGGCUAAAGAGGCUGCGGAUAUGGUUCUCACGGAUGACAACUUCUCGUCGAUUGUCAAGGCAGUCGAAGAGGGAAGAAGAUUGUUUGACAACAUUCAGAAGUUUCUUAUGCAUUUGCUCAUUUCGAACAUUGCCCAAGUAAUUCUGCUUCUCAUUGCCCUGGCUUUCAAAGAUACCGGAGGAGACUCUGUCUUCCCUCUCUCCCCACUCGAAAUCCUAUGGGCAAACCUAGUCACAUCCUCAUUCCUGGCCGUUGGCCUAGGCCUCGAAGAGUCUCAACCAGACAUCAUGUACCGCCCACCCCACAACCUCCGCGUCGGAGUAUUCACCCGCGAACUCAUCAUCGACAAAAUGAUCUACGGAACAUUCAUGGGCUCACUCUGUCUCGUCGCAUUCGUAGGUGUCAUCUACGCCGCCGGAACGGGCACUUCAGAUCUAGGCGAUGGAUGCAACCAAGGCUACAAUCCAACCUGCGACACCGUCUUCCGAGCCCGCGCCACAACAUACGCAACCCUAACCUUCCUCUUACUAGUCACAGCUUGGGAAGUCAAACAUUUCUCGCGAUCCUUAUUCAACAUGGAUCCCAUUCGAUUCCCACAGCGUCUUUCUAUUUUCCCAACUCUCUGGCAAAACCGGUUCUUGUUCUGGGCUGUCAUGGCUGGGUUUGUCGUUGCGUUUCCCGUGAUAUACCUUCCUGUCGUGAAUCAGCUAGUUUUCAAGCAUCACGCUAUUACUUGGGAGUGGGGUGUCGUGUUUGGCUGUACAGCUACUUACCUGCUUUGUGUGGAGAGCUGGAAGGCUCUCAAGCGAGCUUUUGGUAUUGGAAGUGGUAAGAAUGCUAUUCUUACUUUGGAAGAUGCAGAGACUCGGGCUGGUUUGAAUACACCAACACCGCUGUCGAUGAGUGCAAAUACAAGUGUGGAGUUGAAGUGA